ACAGGAAAGGAAAUAUCCAACUCAUCGAUAAACAAAAAGGUAGAAUUAAAUUUGCUGAAACGCGCUCUCUUCCAGAUCUGCCAUUUUUCUCACCGACCUGCGGUGCUCGAUCGGCAAAAUCUUCCUGUCUGGAACUCAGUAUCGUAAACUUCAGCUCGAGAAGAACUGGAAAUGUCGGUAUUUGCCUCAGUAGCAUGAUAAGACAAUUGACAUUCGUGCUAGAACUGUAAAAGUGAGCAAUAUAUCCUUGCUAGCAUCUAAGCAAGAUGUUAAGGAAUUCUUCUCAUUUUCUGGAAACAUUUUUUAUGUUGAAAUGCAAAGUGAGUCUGAUGGGUCUUGGAUUGCUUAUGUAACAUUCUAUGAUAAACAAGGAGCAGACACAGCUGUUCUUUUGUCAGGUGCAACUAUUGCUGAUCGUGCUGUAACUGUAACAUAUGCCGACAAUUACGAGUUGCCACCCGAAGCUUACAGACCAGCUCCGGUUGCCUUGGAGGAUUCUGCUGUGAAGAGAGCAGAGGAUAUUGUAACCACAAUUAUUGCCAAGAGCUUCAUCCUCGGAAAGGAUGCUCUCAAUACUGCCAAAUCCUUCGACGAACAACACCACAUCACAUCAAACGCCACCGCCACGGUUGCCUCAAUCGAUCGCCGAUUGGGUCUGAGCGAGAAGAUUAGCAUGGGGACGACAAUGAUGAGCGAGAAGAUGCACGAGGUCGACAAACGAUAUCAAGUAUCCGAAAUCACAAAGUCAGCUCUAGCCGCCGCCGAGCAGAAGGCGAGCACUGCAAGCUCUGCUGUCAUGGCCAACCACUACGUGUCCACUGGUGCGUCGUGGUUAUCAAAUGCCUACAAUCGAGUCUCCAAGGCGGCCGAAGACGUGACUUUGAUGACUCGCGAGAAGGUGGGGAAGGUGGAAGAUGAGAAAAAUGAGAUCAUUUACAGGGAGAGGAAGGAGAUGCUCAGUGAUUUUGUAGAGUUUCAUUUGGAUGACUCUUACGGGGAGCCAGCAACUGUCCCUGUAGCCUCUGCUGAUGAAUAUAAGAAAGGUAGGUAGUGUAUAAAGAUUGCGUAGCUUUCAUCAUUCUUUAUAUAUAUGGAUUUCAUUAUUUGUUUUGGUUAUAUUUUAAUUUGGCAAUUCAUUCAUUUCAACUGUCUCAGAUCUCGGCAUUAUGUACUAUAGAGUUGGGUGUCUGUU